UGCUGUCAAAAUUCAAAACGCAAGCAAAAAGUGAACAACUCGAGAAAUUGUUUUCUUCGGGAAAAGUUUAAUUUUUUGGUGCUAUCCAAGCUAUUGUUAAUCGGAUUAUCCAUUUUAUCCUUGAUUUCGAUCUUCGUCAGCUGGUGAACUAUUUCCGGUUCGCAAAUUGAACGUAGAAGCGCUAGUAUUCAGAUUUGUUUCCGGUUUCCCGUUCAUCGAGAGAAGCAGCAACCAUGUCCCACACAAUCCUGCUGGUGCAGCCGGGCAAGAAUCCGGAAACGCGCACUUACAGCGACUACGAGAGCGUCAACGAGUGUAUGGAGGGCGUCUGCAAGAUCUACGAGGAACAUCUGAAGCGGCGCAAUCCGAACACCCCGACCAUCACCUACGACAUCAGCCAGCUGUUCGAUUUCGUGGAUCAGUUGGCGGAUCUGAGCUGUCUGGUGUACCAGAAGUCCACUAACACCUACGCGCCGUACAACAAAGAGUGGAUCAAGGAGAAGAUUUAUGUCCUGUUGCGACAAGCUGCCGGGACGACCGAAUAAAACCAUCUCGGCCUCUGCUGCUACAAAAACCCAUCCAUUCAAGCUCGGUCCUCAUCAAAUUUACAUAAACAACAUGAAUAUCAACAACACGACACCUAACAAAACCUCACGGGAUCGAAACCGGUUACUGGAUCCAACCGAAGAUGAGAAAAUGAGUUUUUUCUUGUAGAAUUUUCGUACAUCAUUAGGUUUUUUUUCAACUUGUAUCGCAAAACUGAUUUUCGAAUAUAUCUCGUAGAUUUUCUCCCCAUUUAAAAGUGUUGGCACAAGUGAAUUUCCUAGUUUGAAUCUGUAGUCAUACAGAAUCAAGUUGAAUCGAAUGAGAACUAUAGAGUUGAAAAAUGAAGAGGAGCAAAGAAACAACUAGGGUGAAUAAUACAGCUAUGUGUAUUUAAUAAUUUACAUUACUAUUAUAAUUUUAAUUAUAUUUGCUGCUUCCGCGAGAAGCGCGCAACGAGAGGAGCAACAAGAAGUAAUAACAAUUUAAUAUUAAUGAAUAUAAUAAUAACAAUAAACAAACAACAACAAAAUGUAUCGAA